AGAAUCGCAAGACCAAGAAACAAGAAACAAGAAACUAAAACCAUGUCCACAACCAACCGCCCAUGCGCAAAACGGGAACACCCAGAACCAAAAAACCACCUCACCUACGACAUCUGGCAAUCAUCCUCAACAGGCCACCAGCGCGCCGGAGAAGGCGGAUCUUUCAUCGGCUCGACAUCAUGGCGACAAGCCCGCUCGGAUAAAUUGUCUAGACAGUAUCGGAGCGGGGAUUGUCUGUCGGGACGGGAACCGGGCUCAAGAUCGGGAUCAGGACAGGGAAAGGGGCAGGGGCAGGGACAGGGACGGAAUCAAUCGGAAAGCAGACUCGUCCCUGGCGCCUUUGAUGGGAAAUGCGCUUCGCAGUCGCCGCCCCCUGUGGUGUCCGGGGAAUGGGCUAUGGUUCCCGGGGAUGUGGCGAGGCGGAAUGAGCUCGGUGUUAGGGAUAUAAGGUCUUUUAUGGGGGUUAAUAAGAGGAAGGCUGGUGGUGAUAUUGAUGGGGUGGGGAGGGAGAAGGUGGGGAAGAAGGGGAGGGUUGGUAUUUUUCUGGAGGGAGAUGGAGAUUCUAGGGGUUGGAAAGAGGGAAUGAAAGAAGAAAAAAAAGAGAAAAAGAAAGAAGAAGACUCAGAAUAUCAACCCGACGACUCGUCCACUGCAUCCCAUUCUGCAAGUCUCGACUUAAAAUCAACGUCUAAUCUCUUCGCUGGAGUUACAGUCUUCAUCAACGGCUCCACGCUCCCACAGAUCUCGGAGUAUAAGUUGAAACAUCUACUUGUUUCGAGCGGAGCGAAGACAUCUAUCUACAUGGCUCGGAAGACGGUGACGCAUGUUAUCAUCGGACGGCCGAAUACUGGCAUCAGCGAUGGUGGUGCUGCUUCCGGUGCCGGGGGUGGUCUUGCUGCUGGGAAACUUCAGCAGGAGAUUGCUCGUGGGGGGUGGAAGGGUGUGAGGGUUGUUAGUGUUGAUUGGGCUCUUGAGAGUCUCAAGGUUGGGCGUCGUCUUGCUGAGUCGAGGUUUCCUGGUAUGCAUGUUGCUGAUAAGGGGCAGAGGAGUGUUGCUGGGAUGUUUGGACAGGGGGUGAAGAAGUGA